AUGAAGAGAUCGCGUUCUUGGAUCCCGAGCCUCCUUCGUCAAACUCGAAUGGCGUCCCGAAUGGGUGGCGUGUUCAGCAUCGCCGCGUACCUUCUCGUCUGCGUGCUCGUCCACCUGCCCUACGUUCGCGCCGCGAUCAAAGACGGCACGCUGUGGCUGGACUGCAACUACGAUCUGCUGGUGGCACCCAAGGGUUGCACGGAGGACAAUCCGAAGGAAAAGAAAUACGACGACCACAACAACGACGACCACAACAACGACGACCACAACGACUACAACGACGACGACCACAACGACUACAACGACAACGACCACAACGACUACGCCAACCACCACUACACCAACAACGACCACGCC